AGGAAGACGAGCCGCUCGUCUUCCUCAGAUCUGUCUCUGUUCUGCAGGAAUGUCCCGGGAUGUCCGCGAACAGCCUGAAAUCCGUAAAUAGCCGCGUCGGGCGGCCCGAGUCUGACUGCUGCGCGUGUGUGUGUGUGUGUGUGUGUGUUUCCUCCAGAACAACAGGACAGUAUGGCCACCACUGUUGCUGUCAGUCCCAGUGAAUACCUCCAGCCCGCCGCCGCCUCCACGCAAGUGAGUAACGAGCCGGACCUCCCGACGUCGUCGUCUCCGAUUACCCACGAUGCACCAGGAGGCACGCUUUCUUUUCUUUUUUUUUGUGCCAGGGUCGUUACCGAGCAACCGAUUCCCCCCCAUGGGAUGAAUUCACUCCUAUCUGCCGGAGAGAAGAGCGUCUUUAAAUGGGUUCCUUCAACUAAAUGUUACCAAAAAAAACGGAGAAAAGUUACUGUGGAGUCGGAUCUCCCUUCAUGGAUGAAGGAGAUGAUGACGGUUUCCACGGAGAUAAGCCACGCCCCCUCUCCAGCGUGAAUCACGCGAAUAAACCACAAACAGGCGGGCGAGGAAACUCUGGCGUGAACGCAGCGCAACGCCGACUUGAAAUGAGCUCUGGAUGUUCUGGUGCAACAGGGGCGCUUCACCCCGAGGACCCCCAGCCCUCCCCUCUGGCCCUCCUGGCUGCCACCUGUAGUAAGAUCGGCCCCCCCGCCGCCCAGGUCCCCGCGGCGUCGCCUCCGUCGCAGCCGCAGCCUCGCCGGCUCCUCCCCAUCAAGCCGGCGCCCAUCGCCCCGGCGCCGCCCAAGAACCUGGGCUUCCUCUCGGCCAAGGGCAAUGUGAUCCAGCUGCCCGCCGGCCUGGGCUCCGCGGCGCCCGGCAGCCCCAUCGUGCUCACCAUCCAGCAGAGCCCGGGCCGCGCCGCCGCGCCCGCCAACAUCCAGUACCAGAUGGUGCCGCAGAUCCAAGGCGCCCAGACCAUCCAGAUGAUGCCGCAGGGCGGUCAGAUCCAGCUCAUCCCGGGCACCAACCAGGCCAUCAUCACCACGCCCAUGGCGCCGCCCGCCGCCGCCUCGCCGCUCGCGCAGCAGAAGGCGGUGGCCAUCAAGCCGUCGCCCAAGCUGCGCGGGCACAACAACGUGCUGCAGCUGCCCGGCGGCAUCACGCUGCCGUUCAACGUGGCGACCGGCGAGGUGGGCGGGACGCAGUUCAUCACGGAGGCGGCGGUCGCCACGCCCCGACCGGGGAGGGGGGGGCGGGGGAGGAGGAAGAAACUGGUCCUGGCUGCUUACGCUCAGCUUCCCCCGCCGGCCUCUCCGCCCGCGGAGCAGAUGGAGACCAUCCUCAUCGAAGCUGGAGACAACAUCAUCCAGGCGGGCAACAACCUGCUGAUCGUGCAGAGUCCCGGGCAGCCGCCGAUGGUGCAGCAGGUGCAGCUGGUCCAGUCCAAGCCGGAGCCCCAGGUGGUCCAGAUCCCCCAGCAGGCCCUGAAGGUGGUGCAGGCCGCCUCCGCCACCUUGCCGCCCGUCCCGCAGAGACCGUCGAGCCUCCAGGUGUCUCAGGCGGAUCAGACGCCGACGCAGAUUCUCUUCAAAACGGCGUCCGGCGAGUGGCAGUCCGUCCAGAUCCAGGACCCCGUCUCCACGGCGACCACGGCCACGUCGCCGCCGGCCGGCGCCAAGAGGACGCAGGCCGGGGGGCGGAAGGAACGGCCGCUGGCGAAGAUCGCCCCGGCGGGCGGGAUGAUGUCGCUGAGCACGCCGCAGCUGACCUCCACGACGCAGACGGUCCAGACCAUCAGCAUCAACGGGGUCCAGGUCCAGGGGGUCCCCGUCACCAUCACCAACGCAGGGGGCCAGCAGCACCUGACGGUGCAGACGAUGCAGGGCGGCCUCCAGCUGGCAACGACGCCGGGCCAGCCGUCCAUCCAGGUGGACCAGACUCUGACCCUGGAGCUGCCGGGUCAGCCGGGAGAGAAGAAGAGACGCAUGGCCUGCACCUGCCCCAACUGCAAAGACGCAGACAAGAGGCCCGGGGAGGUGGGGAAGAGGAAGCACAUCUGCCACAUCACCGGCUGCGAGAAGACAUUCCGGAAGACGUCGCUGCUCCGCGCUCACGUCCGGCUGCACACCGGCGAGCGGCCCUUCGUCUGCAACUGGGUGUUCUGCGGGAAAAGAUUCACGCGCAGCGACGAGCUGCAGCGGCACGCCAGGACGCACACAGGAGACAAGCGCUUCGAGUGCAGCCAGUGUCAGAAGCGCUUCAUGCGGAGCGACCACCUGACGAAGCAUUACAAGACUCACAUCAACACCAAGAACCUGUGAGCGGGAACGCAGACGGACUCUGACACUGAAGACGGCGUUCAAGGGGAAAGGAAAGGAGGGGAGGGGCCUGAGGAGACGACACCAAGGGGUCUGAGGCGGACCCCGUUGUGGGAAAGGCCCCCUGCACCCUCCGAGACACUGGUGGACAAAGGGAUCCUUCCUGGUGGACUUGGAUCUGAUCCAAUUUAAUAAUCGUCUUGGUUUCCUCCAGAAGCCGACUGACUCGCUGAGGCUUCGGGCUCUCGCAUAUUUAUGAACUUCUCCGGUGGAAGAACCGACAGAAUUAUUCAGACUGCAACACCAAGACAGACGACAGGGCUCCACUUUCAUUUUGAUUUUUUUUCUUCUUCUUCUUCUUCCCACAAAUCCUGCUUGACUUUUUUUCUUCUCAUCUUUUUUUUGUCGUGGACGAUUUGGGGAGAUCCCAGGUAAUCGGCUUUCAUCCCCCCCCCCCCGCACACAAAAAAACAAAGAAAAGAGGAAAGAAAAUUCUACAUAAUUGAUUUGUAAAUUUAACCGAGAUGUGUUGUACCUCAUGGUCAUUUAGUUUUACGGUGUACGUGUUUCAGAAGGAUUUAUAACCUGUAUUCACCCCAAAUAGUUGGGGUCAUUACAUAAAAACUCCACUUCCUAGACUUUUGAAAACCUUUUAGAAGUUUAACUUGGCUAUUUUUUUAAAAAGUGUGUGUAUGCAUACUAUCAUACAUUCUAAUAAUAUUGAUAAUAAACUAUUUAUAUGAUAUUUUUUUUAUACAAUUGAUUUUUACAAAGUAGGUCCGGAGAUGCAUAGAACAUAACAGAAAGGAAUGAGACGUUCCAGAGAAGAAAUACAAAAAGACCAUUUUCAUCACAUUUGCUCUGAGGAGGCGGAGCUUAUGCAGCAGAUCCGAGAACCACGUUUUAGAGGCUGGCGAUGGGUUAAAUGUGCAUUUCAGGGUCAGAGGUCACUGCCUUUUCAAACAGUUCAGAACAUCAGUUUCUAAACGGGCCAAAAGUGAAGAGCUGCUGACAUUAGAAGAGUUUACUAACGUCUAAAGUCUCCAGCUGUAAAACAAUAUUCACACAGCAACGGGUUUAAAAGUCAAGGAACCCAAAUGUUACAGAGGAUAGAGAUGUAGUUUGAGAGAAGCCGGACUUUACGUCGAAAUUGGAAAUGACUUAUUACGCUAAAACGUGGUGUUAGUAGUUUCAAAAGUCUAUUUAAUGGAUCAUCAUCAUGUUUCUUCUUGUAUGAAUCGACUUUAAAGACAUUUGCUUCAUUCUGAAAUCCUAAAGGCGCCGCCGGUCUCCCUUCAGGAAAAGAUCCCGAAGAACAAACGUGUAACCGGCGACCGAUAGAGGACCCGGGGAUGAGCCUUGUGGGACGCCUUGUGGGAUAAGCCACAUUAAAAAAAGGCCGUGAAGGUUACGGUGGGGGGGGGGGGGGUCACAUUUCUAUCAGCUGUCAGAUGAUUGGAGGACUGACACCCGGCGGACUUACCUCAGAAAUGUUCUUUAAGGAAACAUCGUGAAGUCACUUCACUUUUCGACUGUUAAGUCUCAGAUGCAAUAUUUCUGGCCUGAUGUCUCCUCGUUUCUGAUGUAUGUAUACGACCUAAAAAAACAAAAACAAAAAAGGUACUGCAAAAACUUUCUGGAGAACUUUGAAACAAAUGGAAGCGUCUUCUUUUUAAGUCCCCGAGGUCUCCGGAGCCUCCCGGGGAACUCAAUGAAAUAUUUUCAGCUCUGAAUUCGUCGAGUCUGGAUUUGUCCGGCACUGAGAGUCGGCCUCCGAUAGCCGGCCAGAUUUUUACUCUUAUUACCGUGUCAUUUUUAUCACAUCGUUCCUGAGACAGUAUUGUGUUUCGUUCUUCAAACGUCUGCGUGUUAUUUUUUUUACUUAACCUUUUUUAUUUUAACGAAAAAGAUUUUUUUUUUUUUUUUUUUUUCAUUGUGGCAUAAAUGUUAAAAGAAACAUGUUUAUACUUGUCAAGGUAUCAAAAAAACAAAACAAAGGUAUGAUACCCGGCCCUACUUACACUGUGUGUACUAAUAAACGAGUAACUAAAUUCCAGGGUAACUCUGCCACUCUGUGCAUCAGACCUGAAACCGCUCGGCCGGACAAUCACGUCCCGAAAUGACAAAAAGAAAAGUCUUUUUGAUCGGUACUGUUUUUAUUUGUAAAGCUAUGUGAUAUCUUUAAUCAUGAAUCCACGCUCGAGAGGUUUUUGUUGACAUUGGGCCGACUGUACAGUAUUCACGCGCUGCUUGAGCAGCUUUUGCUUGUUUGAAGUCUGAACUUUUUAAUUUACACACACACACAUAAAAAUACACCAAUUAAUUGUUAAAUAAGAUUUUGUGGGGGUCAAACUGGCGUCUUCGCCUCUUGUGUUCUUAUUACUGUGACAACUUUGACCAAAAAGCUAUGAAGUCAGAUGUUUUUUGUUUUUUUAAAGCACAUUGAAACCAGUUUUAAUCAAAGUGCUUCAUGGGGGGGGGGCAUACUACGUUAAGCUUACAUGUAGGAUGCCAAUAUUUGGUUAUUUUUCCCCCAAGAAUGCCCUUUGAGGACGGAUGGGCGGAGCCUGCUCAUAUUUAUGUCCAUGUCCUUUUCCAGUCUGAGUGACCGCAGUUCAGGGAGGAAGUCAAGACGCAAACGUGAAGCUGCCGAGUGGAGGAAGUGAACUUUGUACAGUGUGUACGGAAUAAAAUAUAAUGUGACAUUGUACAGCUUAACUUCUGCUUUGUAUGAGACGCCUAGGUCGAAUUAAAGAUGCCUUCGAAAAGCUG